CUUUUGCAAAUUGGCAAUGGUAAAUCAAGAACCCUAAAGAACUCUCGCUCCCACAUGACCGCAACCAUGACAUUUUCUCAGACCCAUCAUCGCUCCCGUCAUGCCCUUCCCAGCAUGUCCUCGGUUUGGUCCCUUCACGUUCCUUCUGCCUCUCUUCAGCAGCCUUGCGUUUGCGUCUUGAAGCGCCGGGUUCUCUGGGAUUUGAGAACGGAGUUCGGGUUGAAGCGUGAGAAUGUGAGGUGGGAUGUGGUUAGAUCCGACAGAAGGUUCGUGCUGAGGGCGGUUGUGGAUCCAGUGAGCUCCGGCGAACCCAGGUCUGAUCAAGAAGAGGUCGUUAAGUCAGAGGAAGGAGACCCACUUGCUAAAUUCCAUGGCAUUGUCACUUCUUGGCCACCGGUUGUUUACGUGAUGAAAAGAAAGUCUCGUGCUGGAUUUGCUUUUGGGUUAUGCAUUGUGACUGCAUUUGUGUUCAUUGCUGUGAGAGUCUUGAAAGCAAGGAAGGCGAACUACAAUCGUUCGGGCUCUGUAGCUGAUCUUGUGAGACGUGGGCAGUUGAGAUCUGAUAGAAGAGGCAUCUCCAGGCCCCUCAAGUAUGACGAUCCAUUCAACAACCCACUAGUCAAAGUUGGUAAGAGUAACUCAACGCUGGAGAUGUGUGGAAAGGUUUAUCGGUUGGCUCCAGUUACACUUACUAAAGAGCAACAGGCAAUUCAUAAGAAGAGAAGGUCACGGGCUUAUCAGUGGAAGAGGCCCACCAUGUUUCUGAAAGAAGGUGAUAUGAUACCGCCUGAUGUCGAUCCUGACACGGUGAGGUGGAUUCCUGUGAAUCAUCCUUUUGCAACCACGGCGAGUGACAUAGAUGAAGACUUGGCACAAACUAAUGUGUAUCAGAAGCAUGGCGUUCCCUUCCGUAUACAAGCUGAACAUGAGGAACUGCAAAGGAAACUGGAAGCUCUACAGAUGGACCAGAAAUUUGAUAAACUGGUAAUUGACCGGAAGAACGCCCAGGAUUUUGAAAGACCCUUAAAGUUCCAAUCAUCGCCAGUAGACGGUGAGCAGAGUGCCUCACAGAAUCAAUCAUCAAAUUCUUCCGAAUCGGAGCACUCAUCUUCAAGUUCUUCUAUCAGCCAAUCAUCCGCUGAGGAAAUUCAAAAGCAGUAGGCUCCCUUUUAGAGCCUGCUUUCAUUUUUUACUGAGAAGGAGCUGAGAGUUGGGAAAAGAAGAGAAACAUAAGCUGGUUGGUUGUAAAUUGAAUGGUUUUGUAUCUAACGUAAAUAUCCUUACAUCGAUGCGAAUUAUUGCAUUUUUCUGGAAUGCCCUGAUGUCUGUCU